AUGGCAACGAUGGCAAUUGAUAAUAUGUUGCAGAGUAAUGGCUUUCAGUCAAAAAAGAAAGAGGAUGCAGAGAAUGAUAAUUUAUGGUCCUCUAUUUUGGCUGAAGUGCAGAAUAGUGGUAACAACAAGUUACCAUCAAACAAGAAUAUCCUUGUCUUAGGAGAUAAUGAAAGUGGAAAAACAACACUUAUUGCUAAGUUGCAAGGUGUGGAAGAUCCCAAAAAAGGUUCUGGUUUAGAGUUUGCAUAUAUUGAUGUGAGAGAUGAUUAUAGAGAUGAUCAAACAAGAUUAUCUGUAUGGGUAUUGGAUGGUGAUCCUGGUCAUGCAAAUCUUUUAAGAUUUGCCUUAAAUGCAGAAAGAUUUCCACACACUCUUGUAAUGUUAGUAGCUGCAAUGACCACUCCUUGGGCUAUCCUUGAUCAGCUUCAGUCCUGGGCUGCCCUUUUAGGAGAUCAUAUUGACAAGUUACCCUUAGACAAUGACACUAGGCAACGAUGUAGACAACUUAAUAUAAAAAAAUGGCAGGAUUAUACAGAACCUGGAGAUGAAUUAGAUCCUGGUAGCCCCUUAAGACGUACUAGUCGUAACUUAGAUGAUGAAACAAUUGAUAAUUUGCCAUUACCGGAAGGAGUGCUUACAACAAAUUUAGGUCUAGAUAUCGUUGUUGUAAUAACAAAAACUGAUUAUAUGUCUACUCUUGAAAAAGAACAUGACUAUAAGGAUGAACAUUUCGAUUUUAUGCAACAGUGGAUAAGACGAUUUUGUUUACAAUAUGGCGCAGGAUUGUUCUAUACAUCAGCUAAGGAAGACAAAAAUUGUGAUCUGCUUUAUAAAUAUCUUACACAUAGAAUUUAUUCAUUACCAUUUAGAACACCUGCUUUAGUCGUUGAAAAAGAUGCAGUUCUAAUUCCUGCUGGCUGGGAUAAUAUGAAAAAGAUUAGCAUCCUACAUGAAAAUUUACAGUCGAUGAAACCGGACGAUUAUUAUCGAGAUGUUAUUGCACAGCCACCAAUAAACAGAAAAUGUGUGGCUAAAGAGGUAGAAGUUCAGGCAGAGGAAGAACAAGUGUUCUUAGCCAAGCAACAAGCUGCUUUGUUAGGAUUGAAAGAUCCGACACGUUCUCCAACAACCAGGAACCAGGCAAGCACUGGACCAGUUAUUCAGGUUGCAUCGCCGAAUAAAAAGUUAGAUCUGAAAGGUACUGGCACUACACAAUCUGGAGAAGGCGUUUUAGCGAACUUCUUCAACUCUCUUCUUCAUAAAAAGACUGGGACCCCAGGAUCACCCGGUAGUUUUGGUACGAGUCCCAUAUAAGUUGACACAGGACCAACAAACAAAGGCGACCAUGUGUAAUGGUAAAAUUCGUGGAAUUUAUUAGAUCGAUUUACUUGAACUAAUUUAGACUUAGAACUAACCUUGUUAGAAAAUCUCCCGAUUUAAAUUCAUUGUCUAAAUGUCAAAGAUAAGAAUGUUUUUCUUUGCGACUCAUUUGUUGAAUUAUAAAUCAAUGCAGGUACGCCAAUGAAAUCGUAAAAAUAAUUCAGUAGAUGUAGAAUAUAUUGUUUUUGGUUUUAAUUAAUUUGUUGUAUUUUAAAUCAAUACAUUAAUGGUAUUAGGUAUUUGUAACAGUGAUAUAGUUAUAUAUGUGUAAUAACUUAGCAUAAUUUUCUAAUUUAUAUUAAUUUGGAACAAUUACAAUAAUUUUUCCUCAUUAUAUUUUAUGCCACAUAUUGUGGUUUAAUAUUUAAUUUCGUUGUUUAAAACAGUUUUGUAUUGUAUUAUGCAACUAGAAUACUCGUAAUUUUUAACAGUACCAUAAUUAACCAUGAUGUCAGUUUUUAAUUUAUUAAAUAAAUUGUGUAGAGCACAAAUAUCUAGGUGAUUUCAUUAAAAAAAAGAAAAAAAGGAAGAAGAACUUGAAUUUAGAAUGAUAAAAAAUGUUAUAAAAUAUUGUUUAUACUAAUUUAUAUAUCGAAGCACAAUGUGUAACAUAAAUAGUCGUUUGUCGAUUAAAAUAAUUUUUUAAAACAAUUUUUUUAGCUUGUAUAUCUUUUAUUUAGAAAUAUUUGCACAGUCCCCAGUAUUAUAGUUCCUACGAUAUUGGGAUUGCUAUUACAGAACAAACUGUUGGUAAUAGUUGUGCAAUAAUAAAUUUACUUCAACUUGAAAUGGGUCGCAAAGAAUAUUUACCAAAGUCAUUUAAAUCGAACAAAAAAAUUAACACGAAACAAAGAAGAAAAAUAGAUAUAUUACACGACUUACUAACAGCCUCACUGUGUUUGAUUAAAUAAUAACGAUACAAAAUGAAAUCUAGAAAGUUAUUAAAUUAAUGUAAUUAAAUAUUUAAUAUAAUAAUACAUUCUGAUUAUGCUUACGCACAUUCUCCUCUAUAUCUUGUUAUAGUAAAUUAUUUAGUAAUCGUUUAUCAAAGAUGAGAAAGUUUUUUACUGCUUUUGAACAAGUAUUUCUGUUUCUUCUAUUAAGCACCUUUACACAGGGUGUCUUAUGUAAGUGAGUUAUAAUUCUACAACGGUAAAAAAUAGAAAAAAAAAUCAUGAGAAAAAAUUGGCGUCGAAUGGAACAUCACUUGAUGCAUUGGUCGAUACCGGAACUGGACGUGUUUCAAAGAUCUGAAGGUCAAUUUCACUUUUUUAAAUGAGACUAUAUACUUUUUUAUAUGUUAAUCGAAGUGUAUUUUUAUUCUUGAUAAAAAAGUAUUAAGGCACUUGGGUCAAAAAUUCAUUAAUUUAAAAGAUAUAUCAGGGAGAGACCGCUGGGCUCUCCCUGUCUCUCCCUAGAAUAUCUUUUUAAUUAUUUAAUUUUUGACCCAAGUGCCUUAUACUUUUUUAUAGAAGAUAAAAAUACGCUUCGAUUGAUGUAUGGAAAAGUAUACAAUUCUAAUAAAAAUUUUUUAAUGAAAUAGCAUAUUUUUGAUCCAGUUACACGAGACACCCUGCCUGCAUAAUUUCACUCUUGUUGACGCAAAUUAGCUGAAUAAUUCCCUCUUGUAUUCGGUCUAAGUUACGAAGUGCCGUUAUUAUAUCGUAAACGAAUUAAAUGAAUGCGCGAAAUAGAAUUUUAUACCAGUGUCGUUAGAUCUAGCUGAGGUUUCUCGACCAAAGACACAGGUUUGCCUUUGGUUUGAAGAAUACAUAAUCACUCGGUAUGAAUUUGGAGUGUAUGUAAAUGAUAUGGUGAACUUCGAGUAAGCGAGUGAAAGUUUAACGCAAUGUAACUUCUUUGUCAAGUUUGAAGAGGACUUUAUGUAAAAAAACGAGAUUUUUGUACAUUUAAGUUAUCAUAAAUGUGGCUUUCUAUAUAUGAAGCAACUGAUGUUCUUAAUCAAAAAUAAAUAAUUUUUCAUAAA